ACUUAGGCGUUGGAUGUUGCUUCCCUGUGAGGAAUCACUACACCUGGAGUGAGAACCCAAAGCUGGGUGUACUCCUGGACUUCUAAGGAAAAUGGCAGAAACACUAGAGCCAACUGGACAGCUUGUUGUCCGUUCAGAUACUCACAGUGACAAGGUCUUGGCCUGUUUUGAAGAUCAGAGGAAGAAAGGAUUUCUCUGUGACAUCACGUUAAUUGUGGAAAAUGUGCAUUUCCGGGCCCAUAAAGCUUUACUUGCUGCCAGUAGUGAAUACUUCUCAAUGAUGUUUGCUGAAGAGGGGGAGAUUGGCCAGUCCAUUUAUAUGUUGGAAGGCAUGGUGGCCGAUACCUUUGGUAUCCUGCUAGACUUUAUCUACACAGGUUGUCUCCAGGCCAGUGAGAAAAGUACAGAGCAAAUCCUGGCCACUGCUCAGUUCCUAAAAGUCUAUGACCUGGUGACGGCCUAUGCAGACUUUCAGAAUAAUCACAGUUCCCACAAGCCAACAGCUUUGAACACUGCUGGUGCUCCAGUGGUGGUAAUUUCUAAUAAGAAAAACGAUCCUCCAAAGCGGAAACGGGGAAGACCAAGAAAAGUCAACAGUUUGCAGGAGAAACAAUCAGACCUGGCAGUUGAGGAAGAUAUACAGCUGAGAGUGAACAAUUCUGUUCAGAACAGACAAAACUUUGUGGUAAAAGAAGAAGAUGGGGAGCCAGUGAAUGAACAGAUUCUAGCAAAAGUGUUGGAAACAUCUGAAGCCGCUUUUGAGCCAGGCAGAAGGGAGGAAGUAUCUGCAGAAAAAGAUGAGAACUGUGAUCCCAAGACGCAGGACAGGCAAGACAGCCAGAGUCGGUACAGCAAGCGAAGGAUCCGCAGAUCCGUCAAACUGAAAGAUUACAAACUUGUCGGGGAUGAAGAUGACCAAGGCCCAGCCAAGAAGGUCUAUGGAAAGAGAAAGCGCCCUGGCGGCCCCGAGGCCCGUUGUAAAGACUGUGGCAAAGUCUUUAAGUAUAAUCACUUUUUAGCAAUCCACCAGCGGAGCCACACGGGGGAGCGACCUUUCAAAUGCAAUGAGUGUGGAAAAGGCUUUGCCCAGAAGCAUUCCCUGCAGGUCCACACCCGGAUGCACACAGGCGAGAGGCCAUACACCUGCACCGUUUGCAACAAAGCUCUCACCACCAAGCACUCGCUGCUGGAGCACAUGAGUCUCCACUCAGGACAGAAGUCUUUUACCUGUGAUCAGUGUGGGAAAUAUUUCAGCCAGAAACGACAAUUAAAGAGCCAUUACCGAGUUCAUACAGGCCACACAUUACCGGAAUGUAACCACUGCCAUCGCAAAUUCAUGGAUGUAUCUCAGCUAAAGAAACAUCUACGAACACACACAGGUGAGAAGCCAUUUACUUGUGAAAUCUGUGGCAAAUCCUUCACAGCCAAGAGUUCCCUUCAGACCCACAUCCGAAUCCAUCGAGGAGAAAAGCCAUACUCAUGCAGCACAUGUGGCAAAUCCUUCUCUGACUCCAGUGCCAAGAGGAGACACUGCAUUCUCCACACAGGCAAGAAGCCCUUCUCCUGCCCUGAGUGUAACUUGCAGUUUGCUCGCUUAGACAACUUGAAGGCUCACUUGAAAAUACACAGCAAAGAGAAACACGCAGCAGAUCCCAGCAAUAUUUCUGGCAAUAAUAAUAGUACUGAAGAGGUCAGGAAUAUUCUUCAGCUACAGCCCUAUCAACUCUCUACCUCUGGAGAGCAGGAAAUCCAGCUGCUGGUCACCGAUUCUGUACAUAACCUCAAUUUCAUGCCGGGUCCCAGCCAGGGCAUCAGCAUCGUCACCGCAGAAAGCUCCCAGAAUAUGACUGCGGACCAGGCUGCCAAUCUCACCCUGCUCACACAGCAGCCCGAACAACUGCAGAACUUAAUUCUUUCAGCUCAACCGGAGCCAACAGAGCACAUUCAGAGCCUCAGUAUGAUUGAAGGCCAGAUGGAACCCUCCCAGACUGAGCCAGUGCAUGUCAUCACGCUGUCCAAGGAGACCCUGGAACAUCUUCAUGCCCAUCAAGAGCAGACCAGGGAGCUCCACUUAGCAGCAAGUGCUUCUGAUCCAGCUCAGCACCUCCAGCUGACACAGGAACCCGCUUUCCCCACUGAACCCCACCAUGUGCCCCAGCCCACAGCCCUUCCCCCGGAGCAGAGCUGACCUGAAAACAUGUCUGACUGCUCUCUUGGUCUCUUCAUGAACCAGACAUAACUGGAUUGAGGGAUAAAGCCAGGCUUUCUGAAACAUUCACCCACAGGUCCUUACUGACAUGUGAUAGCUACAGGUAUUUAUUGCUUUCCAUUCAGGCAGCAAGAUGUGUGGAUCAGCUCUUAAAUAUAGCACUGAUUUGGAUAGUACCAAUGUGGAUUGGCAGCUCAGCGUUGACAAAUGAUUUUCAUUUGCAUUCACUGUAUUAAAAGGUUAGAGCUCUGAUUUAGUCUUUCCUGUAUUCAGUUUUCUCAGCCAUAGUUUUUGCUGACCUUAUGUGUUACAUUUUUUCUGUUUUUAGAACAGUCACAUGGUAGCUGUGUUGGGUGGAAUUUGGUUGCACUCUCUUAUCUCUCUUAGGCAACACAAUUGCCACAAAAAGUCAGUUCUGUGUAUGACAUUAAAAUAUGGGUGAGUUCAUCCUUAUGAUUUCCAAUCCUUAAGACAUAAUUCAACCUCUGUGCAGCGAUCUUGUGCCAUGUUUAAGGUAAACUCAACGAUACAUAACCCAAAUGUCCAUUUAACUCAAAAUUCACAUAAUAAAGUAAAAAUUAAGUGAUUAUUUUGUAAUUCUAAACUCAGCUUUUCUGAAUAACAGUGGUUUACAUGUUUUUCAAAAGCAGCUUGCUGAAAAUGUAAAAGUUCAAAAUAUUAAUUGGAUCACGGCAUUCACCCAAAUGAGCUGAAUUUUUGUCAGCAAUGAUAUUUGAUCUUCAUGAUGAAGUUAA